UUCUUUGGAGAAGUCAUACAAAUAGCCUCUGAUAACAACUUGAAAUAACUAACAAGAAGUCUAAGCAAAGACACAAAACACACACAUACACACACAACACAACUUUAGAGAGAGAAAGAUGAAUAAAAGAGAAGGGAAAGGGCCUCCUUCAAGAGAUCUUAUGGUAUGUUUUCCUACAAGAGCACAUCUUAGAUUAAUGCCAAAGUCAGUUUCUAGCCCCCGUCGAUUGAAUUACCACCAAAACCACCUUCGGAAGUCUAUGAGAGGUGGUGCCGGUGGAGGCCGAGCAAGUCCAUAUCUAUGGUCAGGAACCAAGCAGAUGAGUUCAGACAACUUAUCGGAGCCAACUUCUCCAAAAGUAACUUGUGCUGGCCAGAUUAAGGUCCGACCCAGCACAAGAUCAUGCAAGAACUGGCAGACAGUCAUGGAAGAGAUCGAGAGGCUUCAUAAUAGAAAGAAGAAGCCUACUUGGGGAGCGACAUUAGGGUUCAAGAAAGAAAUUAUGCAGUUUUUAACUUGCUUAAGGAGGAUUAAGUUUGAUUUUCAUUGUUUAGGGGGAUUUUCCCAUGUAGAUAUCACUUCAGACGAUGAAGAUGAAGAUGAAGAUAGUAAUGAUAAAGAAAUCAAUCAAGAUCAACAUCAAGACUAUGAACAUGACAAGGACUCAAGAACAGUGUUUUCGAAAUGGUUUAUGGUCCUACAAGAGAAUCAAGAUUCUGGGGUGUUUGAAAAAGAAGAAAAAAGUUUGAAAUCUGAAACACCGGAAGAUCUCCCAUGUCUGCCACCUGCAAAUGCACUUUUCCUCAUGCGGUGUCGUUCUGCUCCUGCUAAAAGUUGGAUGGAGGAGAAACAAGAAGAAGAAGAAGAAGAAGAAGAAAAUGAUGAUGAUGAUGUCGAAGAUCAUGAUAAAGAAGAAAAAGAACAUGUUGAUGAUCAUGACAUCGAAAAGAAAGAAAACAAAAGGAAGAGUUUGAAGGAAUUGAUGAAAACCGAAAGUGAUUUCUACAAAUUAUCUUGUGAUAUUGCAAAGGAAACAUGGGUUAUUGGUGGGAUUCACAAAGAUCCAUUCUCAAGAAGUAGAAGUUGGAAAAGAUGAUCCAUCUGAAUCAACAAUCUAAAAUUGUUCCUAUUUUUUUUUUCCCUUUUUCUGAGAGUUUUGUAAGUAUUUUGUUGAUAACAUGCAUGCCGGUAACAACUAUUGUAUCAUUAUGUUUACAAUAAAUUAAUAACCGUUUUCAGUUUGUGUCAUAUAA